GACCAGAUUGUCAAUCAUCGAUGUUCACGGGAACAACCUCUGUACAUGGCCGGCCACAAACUGUCAACACAGACGACUGUACCAGUUACAUUUAGGCCGGAUUUAAAACCCACACGGGGUUUCUGCUGCUGGUGCUUCGGAUGUCCAAGUACAAACUCUUUCUGCUGAGGCAUGGGGAGGGGGCCUGGAACAAAGAGAACCGUUUCUGCAGCUGGGUUGACCAGAAGCUGAGCCCGAAUGGGGUGAAAGAGGCCCAGGACUGUGGCAGGCUCCUGAAAGAGCAGGGCUACAAAUUCGACUUAGUAUUCACUUCCAUACUCAGCCGCUCUGUCCAGACAGCAUGGCUGGUGCAGGAGGCUAUGGGUCAGGAGUGGGUCCCCGUGGUGAAGUCCUGGAGACUGAAUGAGCGUCACUAUGGUUCCCUGAUUGGCCUGAAUCGGGCGGAGAUGGCUCAACAACAUGGAGAGGAAAAGGUGAAGCUGUGGAGAAGGAGCUACGACAUCACUCCGCCUCCUAUUGAUGAAUCCCACCCUUACUUCCUGGAAAUCUACAAUGACCGCAGAUACAGCACUUGUGACGUGCCAACGGAGAAGCUUCCCCGAGCAGAGAGUCUGAAGGAGGUGUUGGACAGGCUGCUGCCAUACUGGGACAGCACUGUGGUGCCAGAGAUAAGGAAAGGGAAGACUGUGCUCAUUUCGGCUCAUGGAAACAGCUGCAGGGCUCUGCUGAAACACCUGGAAGGUAUAUCGGACGACGAUAUUGCCAAUGUGACUUUGCCUACAGGGAUACCCGUGCUGCUUGAGCUGGACGACAACCUCAAGCCUGUGAAACCUCGACAGCUCUUGGGAGACCAGGCGAAGAUUCAGGCAGCGAUUAAAAAGGUGGAGGACCAGGGAAAAGCUAUACCGUCAACUUGAAUACAUUAAACUGGCUGUAAAACUUAACAUAGCUGAGUGCUGCACUGUUGGCCUGUGCACACUUUUUUAGGCACAGUGAAAAGUUUUGAAAAUACUCAAAUAAUGAUAAUAUAUAACAUCAAACAAUAAAGACAACAACAAAUUGUUAAUAAGAUUUAAGGGAUAGGUGUGGAGUUGCUGUAUGUGUAACAGUGGCCUGGAGACAGAAAGUGUGUCACAGGUUAGAAUGGUCCGACAGGAGCAGGAGGAAGUACUGUACUGUAAAUGUUUUGGUACCGUGUUGAGUUGUUUAAUGUGUAAGCACUGAUUUUUUUAAGCUAACUGUCCCUGCUUAUGCCUGUAUGGAGAGUUAAAGUUAUUUAUUUAUUGACUCAUUGACUCCACAUUGCAGAUAAAUAGUUAUGUGCUAAAGCUAAAAUAUCUUAAAAUGUGUCAUAUCCUGAAAGAGGAAAAGGUCGCUUCUUUCUAAAAGACGCUUUCUCUCUUACAUUUAUAAGCGUUAGGAAUAUUCCCUUACAUUUAAACAUGUGCCUUCAGUAUUAAUGUAGUGCGCAAAUUCAGCCACUACUACGAGUUGAGCAUCAAACAGGUCAUCUACUGAUUUUAUUUAAAAAUAAAAGCACUCAGUUAACAAAUCUUAUCUGAUAGAAAUCGAUAGCCAGGCUGUUCAUUCCAAGAACGGGGUCAUUGUGAGGCACAGACGUGCUGUAAAUAUGCAACACCACAGAAAUCAUCCGCUGUCCCACACAUAUGACUCACUCUUACUUUUAAUUUGAGUACUCAGUGAGAGUAGCAAGAAAGCUGAAGUUGUUUGUUUUGAGGUUUAUACAGACAAUAGACUCUGGUAUGAUAACUGGUCCAUCCUUUGCACUUUUUGGGAAUUUUAUGAGUUUUUUAUUUUAUUUAAGUCCCCUUUCUAAUUAAAUGCAACUACUGUGAAUGGUAAAUACCAUUAUUUUGCAGAAAUAGAGUUAAUUUUUCCAUUGUUUUUCUAAAUUAUUAGCAUUCAUGUGCAAUUUGAUGUUGCUUAAUGUACGUAAGGAAAUAUUACAAAAAUAUGUCUUAUAACAGCACUAUCUUCAUCUUACGUUACUGCUCUGUGUGACACAGGCAUGUCAUUGUACUGUGUGUUGUAUCCUGUCUCUUUUUGUAGGUUUACAGCACUGUGUGCAUUAUUUGUGUCUCAUGUUUGUUUAGUUGUGUUUUACUGCCACUGUUAUGUUGAAUACUGGUCUGUUAGGUCAACAGGGGAAAAGGGAUAAGUUAAGAACAUGCAUUUGUAGAUAAUAAAGAGUAGAAAAGUGAUAUAUUUGUAAUCUCAUGUAAGAUGAUUUAAUGUCUUCCCUGCUGUUCACACCUUACCUUCCAUAUGAGUCUGCUUGAUGGAAUAAAAGGGAAUUCAAAAUUUCCUAAAAUGUUA